AUGACGAAGUACGAACUGAAGCUGCAGUACUUUGACGAGUGGAUGCUGCGAUGGCGAAAGUUCCAGACGGAUUCCGAUUGGGAAAUUGAGAAGAACCGCCAGUGGUGGCGUCAGUGCAACAUGGUCCUCACUGGAGCGUUGUUUGGGUCACUGGUGCUCUACACCGCGGGGACCGCUACGCUGAAGCGGCAGUAUGGCCUUCCCCACUUCUUCGACGUUGGUGUGGACGCGCAGGUCAAGCAGACUGUGCUGGAGACGUUGACCUCGCGCUGGCGUUACACCCCGCAAGGCUACUUCCGUGUGUUGCUCACCGGGGUCCCCACCUACCUGCUUUUUGUUUCCCUCGAGCACCACCAGGAGAAACGGCGCAUGCAGCAGUACGUGAAGCAGAACACGGUGUUUGGAGAACAGAUGCGCCGCUUUCUCAACACCGGCAAAAUUGAGGAGUACCUUGCGGUAAACAUUAAGGGAACCCUUCCGCCCUCGCAGCGAAGUAUUUACGCCUACUAG